AAACCCUAAUAAGAAGGUUCUGUUUAGUGUCAGCUGAAAGACAUCUCCUUCCGCAGACGCAAAAGGCCGAGCUCGAAGGAUGCCGACGGCGGAGAAUGCGGCGGCUCCGCUGCUGAACGUGGCGGAGAUGCAAGGCAGGGGAAGGGCUCUUGUGGCUGCUCAGCCGCUCAGGGGUGGCCAAGUCGUCCUCAGAGACUCCCCAAUCCUCCUCUACUCCGCCCUCCCCUUCACCGGCGGCCCCUCUUCUUCCUCCUCCACCACGAUUCACCGCUACUGCGACCACUGCUUCAGAGCUCUGCAAUCGGCGCCCGUGCUGUGUCCAUCGUGCCGCCACCACGCGUUCUGCAGCCCGGCCUGUCUCGGGGUCGCCUCCGUCUCGUCGCACUCUCCCUGGGCCUGUCAGACCCUAGCUCGCCUGAUCGACUGCUCAUCGUUCCUCGGUCAGCCGCCGGAGCUCCAAGUCCAAGCUCGUUUUUUAGUGGCCUCUUACAAUCUCUCCAUCACCUCCCCCGAAGAUUUCCAGGUCCUCCAAUCUCUCCAGGGGCGGGACAUUUGCUCCGAUGACACCGCCUCGUCCGUCCAGCUCCUCCACCCGCUCAUUGCCUCGGUCUGCCCCCCUCCUCCCACGCCUUUCCCGCACGGGUUCUCGCCUGAGCUUAGCGCUAAUCUCCUCUCGAAGGACAAGCUCAACGCUUUUGGCCUAAUGGAGCCCUUCGGUGCGGGCGGAGAGAGGUCCGUGCGGGCCUACGGGAUUUACCCCAGGGCUUCGUUCUUCAAUCACGACUGCCUCCCGAACGCCUGCAGGUUCGACUACGUGGACACGGUGCCCGAUCAUAACACGGACAUUGUCGUUCGGAUGAUUCACGAUGUGCCUCAGGGGAGAGAGAUCUGUGUGAGCUACUUCCCCGUUAACCUCAACUACCCGAGUCGACAGAAGCGGCUAGCAGAGGACUACGGAUUCAGAUGCGAAUGUGACCGGUGUAAUGUCGAGGCCAAUUGGUCUGAUCACGAGGAAGAUGUCGAUGAUGGGGUUGAAGAAAUGGAAGAUGAGGGUGGCGAUGAAAUGGAGGGCUCGUCCGAUGCCGAUAUCGAGGCCGAGAAAGAGAACGACUUCCCGCACGAGUACUUCUUCGUGAGGUACGUGUGCAACAGGGAGAAUUGCUUCGGGACAUUGGCCCCUUUGCCGCCAUCAGCGGACGGGGCUGCUUCGGAGAUCAUGGAGUGUAAUGUGUGUGGUCAGCUCAAGCGUGCGAAUGAUGGUGAAGAGGAGGAAAUGGGAGAGUGAGCUGAGCUGAGCCGAGCCCUCCCAAUUCUUAAUCUUGUAAGAAGCCAAUAGAGUUGAGGCAGUUUUGCUCCCGCCAGUUUCUCUUUUCGAAAAGGAUUGCAAUUGGAGUUGAGCUUUCGAUAUUGAAAAGUCGGGAUUGUUUUAUCUUUGCUGAUUUCGAGCAGUGGUGUGAUUUAUCAUUUGAGAUAUGCUGAUGAAUGUUUGAAAAUUGAAUUUGGUCCCUCGGAGGAUUUCUAAGAGAUGUUUUUCUUGCCAUA